AUGACUUUUACUGCCAACUCUACUAUUACUCUCUCCAACGAUGUGAAGAUGCCAGUCAUCGGACUCGGAACCUGGCAAUCGAGCCCCGCUGAGGUCAAGAACGCUGUUCUCGCCGCGGUUCGUGCUGGAUAUCGUCUUAUUGAUACCGCUUCGGUUUACCAAAACGAGGAAGCUAUCGGAGAGGCUAUCCAGGAGCUCAUCGCUGAGGGAGUCGUCAAGCGUGAGGACCUUUUCAUCACUACCAAGGCCUGGACUCAUGAGAUUGCUCCAGAAAGACUUGAAGGAGCUCUCCGCUCUGCUCUCAAGAAGCUUCAGCUUACCUACGUUGACCUCUACCUCGCUCACAUGCCAGCUGCUUUCAACGACGACAUGAGCGCGCAACUCAAUUCUCCAGUCGAGGAUGUCUGGCAUCAGUUCGACGCUGUCUACAAGGCAGGACUCACCAGAGCAGUUGGAGUCUCCAACUGGAAUGAGGCUCAGAUUGGCCGUGCUUUGGCUACCGGACUCACUCCAGUUCACAACUCUCAAGUCGAACUUCAUCUCUACUUCCCACAACACACACACGUCGACUAUUGCCACGCUCACAAGAUAGUUGUCACCUCGUACGCCACUCUCGGAAGUCCAGGACGUGUUCACUUCACUCUCCCAACUGGACAAACCCUCGACUGGGCUCCAGCUCCAUCUGAGCUCCAAGACGCUAACGUGCUCGCCCUCGCUGAGAAGUACAAGAAGACUCCAGCUCAAGUUCUUCUCCGCUACGGAUUGGACCGUGGACUUGCCAUCAUUCCAAAAUCUGUCCACGAGAAUCGCAUCAAGGAAAACUUGGAAUUGUUUGAUUUCGCUCUCACCAAAGAGGAAAUCGAGAAGCUGGAGUCGAGCAAGAUCUCGCAACGUCUUUUCCUCCAAGACUUCAUGGCUGGACACCCAGAGGAUGCUUUCCCAACUGAGCGCAAGUAA